AUGCUCGAUAUCACCGUCACUGGAAAUCAUCACGAGAUUGGCCUGGCAGUUGGGCAACAGGCUGCAGCACAAGUUGCUGGGUCCAUUGACUUCUACCGUGUGUUGUUCAAAGCUUUCAAUGAUCUGGAAUGGUCCACUGUGCGGGAGCGAACGCUGGAGUUCGUGCCUCAUCUCAAAGCCAAGUUUCCCCGCUACUACGAAGAAAUGGAGGGAAUUGCAGAGGGUGCCGGAGUAGACAUUCUCGAUGUCGUUGCUCUGAACAUACGAAGUGAGAUCGCUUUUGGGCUUUUUGAGGAGAACUCGAGACGGCCCAUGGCGAUCGCCGCGGUUGAUGCCGCAGUGGACGGAUGCACCACUUUAGGCUGGAAGACCCCCGGCGGAUCGACCUUUCUCUCACAGAACUGGGACUGGAAGAGCAAGCAGAAGCCCAAUAUAAUCAUUCUGCGUGUUAAGCCACGAGGCGUACCGGAUAUGGAUCUGCCUGCUUUCCAAAUGAUCACCGAAGCCGGAAUUAUUGGGAAGAUUGGCUUCAACGAGCAUGGUGUUGGAUGCUUGCUCAACGGCAUCCGUGCCAAAGGCGUUGACCCGGAACGCAUGCCUAUCCAUUUUGCCCUUCGUAUGAUUCUCGAGUCCAAGUCAAAGAGAGAGGCAUUGAACAAGAUCGAAAGCAACUUUCCGGCAUCCAUCAAUCGGAAGCAGUUUGGAAACAACGACUCUAACACAAUUUUCAACGUAGUGUACAAUCUGACGGAGAGGAAGGGCGUCAUUUCAAUCGGUCGAAGAACAGAGAUUGAGGAGCAGAUUGAGAUUGGAUUUUGA